AUGGCUGACUCUAAGACUUCAGCUAUAACUAUCUCUGCACAUCUCCUCCGAAAGGAUAGUGCCCAAGUUUAUACGAAGGGACAAAAAUAUGUUCAAAUUUUACCACAAGAAAUGACGCAAUUCGUUCCAUCGUACGCAGGAGCAGAUGGGUUUAUUUUCACAGUCAAGAACCACCUGGAUCGUCUUUUCAUGAAGGAGGACAGCAUUGCUCAAUACCAUAUAUUGGUGCCGGUAAAUGUCGGGAGCGACGAUUUAGAAUAUUUCGGAAUAUACCGAUUACACGCCAUGACUUUACAGGAAUUCAAUUCGCAAACUCAAGACAUCAAAGAAAUCAUUGCUCGCUGGAUCAUAAAAGAGAGGUUUCUCGAAGAAGACGAGAGUGAAGUUAUUGGUAAUCUAACCAAAGCAAAAGAAAAUUUACCGGUGGUGAUGAUGAAUUUUGAUAGAUUUGACUCGACUUUUGCUACAUUGUUGAAAAAUUUGGUGAAAACAGAUUCCGGAAAGACGACUUGA